UAUUGCAGCUGCGGGUGUUGGACGCAACUAGGCGCUAAAAGUUUCUCACAACACGUCAAAUUCACAUUGCAAAGAUCAAAAUAGCAACGCCAGUAAAUAUCGAACGGUCCAUCCUAUCGCUUCAUCCUAUCUCACUGUUAGACACAUCAUGCGGUGAGCUUAUAAAACGAUCGCAUGCAAGUUCAAAUUUUCGCGCGCAUGCUCCUCUCAAAUGCUUGGUCAGGUUGGGUAUCAGCAUUCCCGCGAUACAGUUAAAACGGAGAAAAAAGCGAAAAUGCGACCAACCAAAGCAUAUAGAGUCGCUUGCAAGCUGUAGUGUCGAAAGGAAGAGGAAGCUCUGAACAAGUGUGCAGAUUCGCCAUCUGUCUUUCCUCACAGGUUGCUUCUACAGCUGCGGGUGCGGAUUGCAUCUGUUAUAGUGACAACGGUGGCUUUUAUUAGCAACUCCUGCUCGCCUUACGUCUUCAGCUGUGUAGGAGCGACAGCAGCAUUAGCAAGCGCUAUACCUUUUUGUGCCUCGACGGCCGAUGCCGACUGCUUUGCUUGGGGCUUGCUGGGUCAAAUGCUGAUGAUGAUCGCAGGAGUCGCUGUCGUCGUUGCAUUCGUCUGAGGAAGGAGCUGCAACGCAGCUGAGCCAUUCGCUGCCAGACUGCCCGUGCAUAUAGUAACCAUAGUGAACCUGUUUUCUCGAAAUUACUUAGUUGACGACGAACGGCUGAGGGAAAUGUCUCUCGUGUAAGUGAUGCGAAAUAAGUGGACUUGAAAACAAAUAAACUGGACCAGACAUAGAAGUCAGUUCAACAAGACGGCGGUGUUACCUGAUCUGGCUUGAUUCUACAUACUUAGAUAAAAUGGUUGAAAGAAUUUGAAUCAGUGUAAAGACAUCAGUGCCGUUUGUAAUUGGGGUGGAGCUAUUGGAAAUUGGAGAAACAGUAUUUCCUGUCAGCAAAAGGUUUCUUGCUGUAUACACUGUAGAACGGUAUAUGUCUGCACUGAAAGUUAUCGACCGAGCUAAUUAUCUUGUGUACGAAUGUGUAAAUGGGUUUCACCGGUAUAUAUAAUAAGUAGAGGAAAAUUUUGUGUGAAGGUGACGAAAUUGCCUGCGUGGAAUUGAAGGCGAAGAUAUUAGUGAAAAGCUGAUUUUCAAAUUUAUUUGUGUUAUAAUAGAGAAGUUGGACACCGUUGGUGCAUUUGCAUAUUGAGACUGUUCUGACAGUUUCAAAAGAAACAACUACUGUAGCAGCAAGAACGGAAAAAAAUACAUAGGACUUAAGUUUGUUGGGUGGAUUCGGUAAACGUGUCAGCUGGACCCAGUACCAAAUCAAGGGGUCGUCGGUCUCCGCUCUCGACAAUGGCGGAACCGCGUUCCCGUGUGCUUGUCGACCCUGAAACAGGCAAUGUGCUAAUUGUACAUCGCCGCUCGAUAGGAACCGGAACUAUACUCUUCUUUCUUGCACUAGUCUCUCUUAUAGCCGCAAAAUAUGUGGAUGAUGGCAACUAUAGGGAGGCUUUCUACUCGUUCGGGGCCCUGUGCUGCUUACUAUUGAUGGGCGUUCUUAUUUGGCGAUGUUGUUGUUGUUGUUGCCACCCCAAACAUCGCACACCUGGUUACGUCGUUGUCGGCGGUCCUCAAAGUCACGCAGGAGCCCCGAUACAGCCGCAAGUCAAUGUCACCCCUAAUCCGGGUUACCCCGUGGCUGCUGCGGUACAGCCCGUCCUAACGAGUUAUGCAACGCCUGGAGUAGGCACGUUUGCGGCGCCACCUUUCGUUGCUGGUAUCGCUCCGCAGCCGGCAUACAACCCAAAUAUGCCCCCGACGCAGGUUCAAUCACAACAACAGCGCAGCGGUAAUCUGCAAGAAGCAUCCGCUCCUCUCUGUGAUGCGCCCCCCUCGUACGAUGAAGCUACGGCCAUCCCUCACAAACAAUGAAAUUUAUGCACGGAUUCGAUUUUGCAAAGAAGUAGAGACAUAACCAAAUAUCUAAGUUUACCUAUUCAACCUCAAGUAAUCAGUCCGCUCAGAAACGUAAGAAAUGCCGCUGGGUAUAAAUGCGGCGAUAAUACGACGAAGUAUGCUUCCACGCGCUUUCAGAGAGUAGUCUAAAGUUUUUUCAGCGAGGGAAAAAGCUGCCUACAACGCCUUGGGAUUGCGUCACCGAUGUUACAAUCCGGCGGCUCAGUUUAGGCAACACGAAUGCAAAUGCUCAAGUGCGACCACCUCCUGUUUGUCCACGCUCAGUAUUAAAUCGCGCGGCAAAGGCAGGAGCCAGUUUUAGAGUCACUCUCAGCUACCAGGCAAGCGGCGUCACCGUCAUAGCGGCUAAUUAGGACAGCUAGGGGUAUCUCUAUGAUGCGUAGCUAUCGAAGGGUGAGAAAUUCACGAGCGUGAUCAGACUAGUUUGUAUAUUUUGCUCAAGUUCUUUCUCUAUUAAAGCAUUACGAAACCAAUGAACGGUAGAAAAUAAACGACUACUCGAAAUCUUACUUCAGAACGCAUUUAUGAGGACGGCACCUCUUGAUGCCACAAGAGAAUUAUGUAAUUUACUAAUUAACCACUUGUUCGCCCUAAGUGGCCUAUAUAUACAUUACUACUUUUCUAUCAAAGUUCCAGGUUAGCAGAGGUUUAAUUAUUCCAGCGUUCAUUUAUUUAGUGACGGGAAUAACAUACUUUCAGUGGGAGACACGCUGACUAUGUGCUUUGUACGUAGACUAUCUUAAAAUCACCGCUACGGUCGCUUAUAGUGAUGGAUGAAAGCUUAACAGAAGGAGGUUGAAGUUGUGAGGAAUCGAAUAUACCAAUACGAAUGACUUUUGGUAUGGCUUUGAAUCUUACUACUUAGCAGACAGAGCUCCACGUGUACACAGCUGUACCUCGCAUUUUUAGUCAGUAUUCAUAAUUAUAUAUAUAUAUGUGCGUGUCUGAUCUAGUUUUUGAAUGUAACAUUAUUGAAUAUAAGAAAACAACAGUGAUUUUAGCGGUGUCCAAUCUGUUAAUGAAUUUGUAGCAAGGGGUAAACCACGCAAGCUAGCUGUAUGAAGCGACAAAUGAAACAGUCCGGCCCUAUCAACUCUUGUAUAAAGAUUACUUGGUGUACAUACGCCGACAUGUACGGUGGUAUUGUUCUGUCGAACAGUUCUUCUAUACCAGUUAUCUGUCUGUCUGUUAACCAAGAACUGGCUGUAUAUUCGUACUCCAAACAUUACAGGCGAGUAAAAUUGGAGUGAAGCAACUGCGCCAUCUCUACCUGAGCUAGUAAAUUAUUCAAGCAAAUAAAGAUUGAGCCGAAUUAGCUUUCAUUAAUUCAAAUCUCAAGGUGGCAGAUUAUGCAAAUUUUAAUCUCAACGUGUAUCUACACGGCGUGCAAAGCAAAAUAAAUAGUAUAUAUAUACGCUUGCAAAACUUAAUAGUGAUAUAAAGGAUAUAGCAGCUGAUAGCUAGACGCGUCUCAAAUAUCAGCACAAAAACCACGUAGAUAUUAGAUAUAAUAAUCAUAUUUUAUUAAAGAAUCGUAUAGCCUAUCUGCUCUUUGUUGCAGAUUGACUACCUCCCGCGACACUUACUAAUCCGCUUUAAGUUCCAAAAACACAAAGAACUAAAGAAACACAGGAUCUCCCCCUUAUCUAUGUAGAGACACUGAAGAACAGCGGUUGCGAACUUCUCGAUAACUAACGAAUAAUCUCCUAUUAAAAUGCGGCAAGACUUUUUGAAAAAUUACUUAUUUUGAAAAAUUUAGUCAAAUAAAUCAUAUAGUACGACAUAGUUGACUUUAGAGGUGAUUCUCGCAGCCAUACAUGUGAACAAAUACUGUGUGGAUAGGCGGCAAAAGAAUGUUAAAAAUCGUCUCAGUAUAACUUGAUCAUAAAGGAGCUAUGUCUGCAAGCGGCGUAAAACAAAGCAACGCUGUAGGAAUGAAAGUUUUCUUUGUUGCCGAGGUCAAAAGGAGGGCAAAAGCUUUUUACAAGAAACUGCAAAUACUAAACGACCAUAGGCAGAUGUGUACAGUGGAUACCCAUGGGUACAAUUGUUCGCAGUAAUAACGACCAACAACGAUUUACAGUAACUCAAUCGAAAUUAGGUUUGAGAUUUUCGGAAGGGUUGUGCGUAAAACCUAUUGAGUAUAAUGCGUAAUCAGGAAUGGAGCGAAUUGGUGGUAUCAUACGUAAGUUGUGCCGUUAUUAUGUCGUAAAAAGGCUCUUAAUUCAUGAGCCUUGUAAGAGCUUCGUAAGCAGGUUGGCGAUACUAAAAUAUUCAAUCCGUUAUGAGUAAUAGCCAAUAAAGAAAUCAAUGACAUAAGAAAAACUUAAACGAAUUCGAGUGAAUAUAGUAAAGGUGAUCGUUUUUCAGAUUAGCUCACAUUGACUUCGCCGCAAUUUGAACUCACUGGAAAAGAGUAGCUAGGUUACUUCAGUACUAUCUAAACACCAUAAGCAGUAGCGAUUAAACGACCGAGAAAAUUGCUUAGUUAGCCAUUUACUUGCAAAUUUAUGAGCCUAUCAAACAUAAUGACUACCAUUCUCACACAUAUUUAUACGUUACCAUUUAAAUCUUUCUUAAAUACGCAGUCCUUCUAAAACAUGAAUUUUAACAACAAACGGACGAACAGCAACAAAAUUGAACGUGAGAAAUGCGGUAAGGCACGCCGUAACCUCCUAUUGCGACAUUGAAGAUUGCAGGAAAUAAGCUUUAUCAGAUAUAUAGAUAAUCUUUAUUGAAAUAUAUUCAAUAUGAAUGAAAAAAUGGCCGGAAGUGAUGGCAAAGAUAAUGUAGCAUAUGUAUGUGGAUUGAAAAAAAUGUUUUAGAGGGUUUUAGAAGGUGGGACACUGGGUUGUCUACAAAUAUGAGUGUAGUUCGACCACAAGAACAGUUUAACAGGUAUAUAACUAUAAGCCAUAAAUACAUGCGCUUAAGUAAUGGGACGUGGUUGAAGGGGGCAGGGGUUAGGAGAACGGCGGGAAUGGUAACAACGACUGCUAUAGUCUUGCGAAUGCAGCCAUAUGUUCUGUAAUAUAAAUACAUUUAAUGAAAAAAAAAACAAAUAAAAAUGUUUAGACAAUAUCUCUUUCACUCUAUAAAUAGGUAGUGAUACUUACAUCGAAAAGUUACACUAGACGCGAAACUCACACUUAUUAAUUACUAAAGUGUUAGAUGUCGACAAUUCGCUUCGCAAUAUUUAGCGAUCCGCGCUGAAUUAACGCGCUGUAUUGGAGUUCAUAUCUAUGAGCGUUACAUAUCUAUGAGGAACUCAUAACAAAAACAUGCAAAAAAACUCUGUACCAUUAAGUAGUCACAGCUUUUAUAUUAACAAUAUAAUUAUCGUACAUUUUGUUUAACUAGCAUAUAUACUCUGACAACGACGGCUUUUAAAAACAACUGCUGAGAAAUGCCUCCUUAGAGGGCUUUUAUAAUGUCUCAGGGUGCGCUAAAUGUUCGAGCAGUUUCGGAUCGCUUCUCAUGUUAGGACUAUUCAUCAUAAAUGGUAUUAUUACUACGGGAGUGUUAUCUUCAACAGAGAUGUCCGUCAGUAGAUUCUUGUUCAAAGUAAACGUUACGUGGGCCUAUUUUUAAUUUGGUAGGCAAAUUCAAGUCGAAAUCCCUACGCUUGAUACUUCUUACGAAUAUCGAUUCUGAUUAUUAGCAUUGUUUUUUUUCAUUUUUCCUAGUAAAAUUUCAGAAUUAUGAAUUUCAGAUGAAUUCAGAUUAAUCCAUUCGAUCUAAUGCUUGAUCUCGCUUAUUAGGGUGAUCAGUGUUAGUUCUUGUUACUCGAAGUUGCACGUACCGUCGGAACGCAUAAGAGUAAACGGCUUUUUGUUUCUAUUGAAAAUUGCAUUUGCGUGUGUUUUUAUAUAAAUGACUUUAAAUACAAUGCUGUGUCAGCAUUCGCAUGGUACCACUAAUGAAUGUAAGAUUCAAGCCGCCAAGAAAGCGGGUAUUGUGUAUUUUUUUAAGCCUCGGAUCAACCACAGACUUCCUGUUACUAGAUAAUUUAGAGAAAUUAAUGUCUCAAUUUUUUUUGUUAGACGGCUGACUACUGGUUCGCUUGGAACAAAUACAAAUGCUCCGACCGCUCUAUUUCUAUCAUGAAUCCAAUAAAGGAAUCAAUAUUGGCGUUAGAUAAGCAAAGAAUUUCCAGCAGAUACGCUUAUUGCUCUCAUAGUACAUCUAUAAUUUACCUGAAGAUGUUUGUUUCUUGAUCUUCCUUCUGUGGCUUU